AUGGCUCCCUUGCCACCAGACAUCAUGGCAACCCAACUCUCAACAAUAUAUCUACUAGCUGCCAUGUUCCCCUCUCCGGGCGAACUCGAACUCGACGCGUCAACAAAGGAAUGCAUCGACAAAGUGCGAGAAUGGUGCGAAAGCGAAGAUACAUCCGCAGCUGCAAGUCCAUCCGCUAUCCCAUCAAGCAUUCUCCUCGCAGUGCACGCCCCGCUCUCAAACACAAAUGGGAAGACUAUUCAGGUUAACGUCUCCAUCCCUCUGCAUUCCCAGGACAGCCGGACGGCAGAUGAAGCACCCACAAUAACAUAUUCCCUUCGGCAACCAGACUGGAUGUCGAAAGCAGAGGUGGCAAAACUGGCCUCUGGAAUGCCCGCUGGUGACGUCUUUGCGGCGUUGGAGUUUAUUCAAGAAGCUACUGCGUUCCUGGGGGAUCUGAACGCAACCUCAAUUUGUGAAAACCCCUCAAUUCCCACUCAGAGUAUCAGGGAGCCACUCGUUCGCGUCUGGUUCUACUUCCCCUCUCUCUCAACGCGCGCGAAACGCGCCGAUAUGGUCAAUUAUGCGCCGGACUACGGGCUAACGGGCUUCGUUCUUGCCGGGAAACCGGGCGUUUUAUGUCUGGAGGGUGCGUCGAAGGAUAUUGAUUCGUAUAUGAGCUUUAUCAAGACGCACUCGUGGGGGGACAUUCCUGCGCAUCAGAAGAAGGUUAGCGAGCGGUUUCGAGAGACGGUGAGCGUUGAGAGAGUAUUUGCGGGCAUGGAGGAGAUCACGGACAGCCUGGGGGAACGGGGUGGGCAGAGGGCGAACCGCGGGGAUAUGCAGGCAUUGGAGGCUUGGCUUGGGAGGAGAGGGCUGGGAGAGGCUUUUGAAAAGCACGGAUGA